GUAAGCAAACAUACUGAGCAAACCACAUACUAAAAGGUCUGAGAGUUUUCAGUCUACAAUAUCACCGACACAGAAGAUUUCUUAGUAUCACCACCAUCACAGUAGACUUCCCAUCAGCAAGAAGGACACAACACUGCUCUACAAGAGCGGCAAAGAUGAACAACCUACCGUUACUUCUCUGUCUAUUAGUGGUCCUGAUUGGCCGAGGUCAUUGUCUCAGUUGUGUCACAUGUUCUGAUCAGACGGGUCUCACUUGUUCAGGACCACAGGAGACCUGUGCAGCAAACCAAGAUGUCUGCCUGACUGGAGUCUCUUUAGGUGGGAAUCUCACAGGCAUGUUCACACGGUGCAGCACAUCCUUAUACUGCAACUUGUUCUACUCGGAAGUGUUUCGGCUAGAAAGAUAUGAUAACUUCUACAGCUGCUGCAGGGAGGAUAACUGUGUUCCAUCAUUGUCUGACUUUUUUCCAGUCACAAAUGGAUUACAAUGUCCUUUCUUUUUUUCUGAUGCAAACGAAUCUGUGCAAAUAUUGGAAUGUAGAGGAGAUCAGACCAAAUGCUACAAUUUAACAGCAUCACCCCCAGGAGGUCAUUGUCUCAGUUGUGUCACAUGUUCUAAUCAGACGGGUCUCACUUGUUCAGGACCACAGGAGACCUGUGCAGCAAACCAAGAUGUCUGCCUGACAAAUAUAAUUUCUGUUGAAAAGAUCAGAGCUAUGACCACAGGGUGCGACACAUCCCUAUCCUGUAACUUGUCCUUCUCUUUUACAUACGGGCUUGAAAUAUUUGAUAACUUCUACAGCUGCUGCCGGGAGGAUAGCUGCGUCCCAUCGUUGUCUGACUUUUUUCCACUCGCAAAUGGAUUACAAUGUCCUUUCUUUUUUUCUUUCACAAAUGAGUCUGUACGAAUAUUGGAAUGUAAAGGAGAUCAGACCAAAUGCUACAAUGCAACAACAACACCAACCGGAGGAGACAUAUAUUUUAUGCUCGGCUGCGCAAAUGACAAUCUCUGUUACUUCAAGGAUCCGAAUACACAGUUCACAUGUCAGAAUGCCUCAGCUAUAGGUACUUCUACUACAACAAGCUCAACUACAAGCACUUCUCCUACUACUACUACUACAACAAGCUCAACUGCAAACACUUCUACAACUACAACAAGCUCAACUGCAAACACUUCUCCUACUACUACUACUACUACAACAAGCUCAACUACAAACACUUCUACAGCUACAACAAGCUCAACUACAAACACUUCUCUCACAAAUACAACAACCUCAGCUAUGAGCACUUUUACUACACGUACAACUACAACCAAAACAACAACCAGUUCUAGUAGUGUGAAUGAGUGGCCGUCUAGUUUUUACUCUCGAGGCCACUUGAUUCUGUUCGGAUUGUUUUCCAUAUAUGUAUCCGACAGAAUUGUAAACUUAUAUAUGUAAAAUGGAGCAGAAGAAAACAAAUGAGGCCGAUAACUAAAAAUCAGUCAUCGUGUCACAAGCAAGAUCAGUCCAAAUCUUAAUAAUAGAAGAUAAUUAAACAUUUCUUAUCAAUCUUUGAUCACAUAUAGGGAAAGUGAUAUCUAAUUUCUAUAAAAAUGUAUUUAAUAAAGAAUGA